AUGGUGAGCCCUAAGGGAAAGAAGGCUAAGGGGAAGAAGGUGGCACCAGCCCCUUCAGUGGCUAAGAAGCAUGAGGUGAAGAAAGUGGUGAACCCCCUUUUCGAGAAGAGGCCUAAGAACUUUGGCAUUGGUCAGGACAUCCAGCCCAAAAGGGACCUCACCCGCUUUACGAAAUGGCCCCGUUACGUGCGUCUCCAGCGCCAGCGGUCCAUCCUCUACAAGAGGCUGAAGGUCCCCCCUGCAAUCAACCAGUUCACCCAGGCUCUGGACCGCCAGACCGCCACACAGCUGUUCAAGCUGGCUCACAAGUACAGGCCUGAGACCAAGCAGGAGAAGAAGCGCAGGCUGCUGGCCCGUGCUGAACAGAAGGCUGCCGGCAAGGGAGACGCCCCCACCAAGAGGCCCCCUGUCCUCCGCGCAGGUGUCAACACUGUCACCACUCUGGUAGAGAGCAAGAAGGCUCAGCUCGUCAUCAUUGCUCAUGACGUGGACCCCAUUGAGCUGGUGGUGUUCCUCCCUGCUCUGUGCCGCAAGAUGGGCGUGCCAUACUGCAUCGUGAAGGGCAAGGCCAGGUUGGGCAGGCUAGUGCACAGGAAAACAUGCACCUCCGUCGCCUUCACACAGACCAACCCUGAAGACAAGGGAGCACUUGGUAAGCUUGUGGAAGCCAUCAAGACCAACUACAACGACAGAUAUGAAGAGAUCCGUCGUCACUGGGGAGGCAACAUUCUGGGCCCCAAGUCCACAGCACGCUUUGCCAAGCUGGAGAAGGCUAAAGCCAAGGAACUGGCCACCAAGCUGGGUUAAACACUCAGCAUACCCCCUUGUGUUUAAUAGAAAAAUAAAAAACCCAAAAGAAAAAUCAAA